AUGCUACGUCGCUGCCUUCUCCUGCGUAGCGGCCAUGGUGACCUGUUCCCCACGAGCAAGGCAGCUGCCCACCUCACCCCGGAUUGGGUCAUGAGCCGCAAGGUCCCGCAAGCCCCUGGCAAGGGGCGUUGCUACGCUGACUUUACGACGCCUGAGCACCAUAGCAAGUUUCAGAUGAUCGUCCCCGAAACACAUGAGGUGAAAGUGAUCUCCACCCAUAACCCAUCCUCUGCGGAAGUGCACCACUGCGCGACGAAGCGGCCCUCCGCCGCCUCUGUGGCAGCCACCAUAGCCGGCGUGAAGAGCGCACUCGACACGCAUCACCCCAAGACGAACGACACUCCAAUGGCGCGUGCGAACAUCGCGGCGAAGCUUGCCGCUGAGCAGCGCGCCAAGACGCGUGACUUCAUGGCGCACAAGCGCGGCUUGAUGAAGCGUGACCACAAGUACAUCCCGACCGUGGACUACCCUUCUUCGCAGUUUUACAUCGAGGAUCGGGUAAACAAGCUGCGCAAGAUCGAGAACAGCAACCCGAACGGGUACGUGCAGGAGCGCAUGCCGUGGGAGACACCGCCACCCUCGCCGGCGCCGCCACAAAAGUAA